GCCGAAAAACGGUGGCAUUGAGGAAUGGUGCAAAGUAAUUGUGGUGGACCGCUUCGAGUGACUGUCCAAAGCCAGCAUACCACGGCCGUUCAUAAUCGGCAUCCCCAUCAACAUGCUGGAAUGUCGAGGAGUCACAAAGUGCAUCAAAGUAUGCCGAAUUCUCGGGGUCAUAGGUCGGAAAUGAAUGAUGGUAUUCGCGAAAAAGGUCGAAUGCGUCUGUAUCAGUGCGAAGCCACUCUUCUUCUUGAGGAUGCUCUGCAUGGCUGCGGUGUGAUAAUCCAUCAUCAGAGCCCAUCUCAAUGUCUGGUGGGUCUCCAGGGUCCGAUACAGGCUCGUCUGGAUCAAUGGGGGGUGGAGCCGGGAUCAGUAGGACUGGGAUGUCGUCACGAUAACGCAUGGGGAGGCGGAUUUGUCGAUUUGGACGACCUGAUGACCGUGGCUCCAUUUCGAUGUCUGGUACCUCAUCCACACGAGGCUGACGCAGUUGCCGUAGGUGCUCCCGCUCUUCUUCGCGCUGUUCUUCCUGUCGGCAUUCAUCUUCCAAACGAGUAGCUUCAGCAAUAGCUUCCCCGCGCUCGCGCCGCUCAGCAAGAGCUGAUGUGGUGGCUACAUCACGUAUCUUGCAGUAUCUGCUCAGGUGAAUGGACAGGCCGCGACUGUGCACUUCUACAUUGCAGUUUGGGCACUGUACCAUCAAGAGAAAAGUAAGUAAAAAGAUAAAGAUUGAGGGGGGUAGCAUGAGCUGCAGCAGAAACACGCUGUGAUCGCCCCAUGGUCUGCGGCCUUAAAUGCAGGUUCCUAGCAACAGGAUUCGCGGGCCGAUUGUGAUAGGUUAAGGUCUGGGCAGAUAAUCUGGGCGACGGUCGAGAUCAGUUCG